AUGUCUUCCCCCUCGCUGCUCCCCUUCGUCAAGGCGGCUGACAGCUUUCCAGACUACAUCUCCCAGCCCUCCGCCUACCCCCUGCAGCAUCCCGAGACGGGCGAGGUCUAUGUCCCCUUCCACCUGUGUCCUGCCGACUACGACGCCAAGCUGACCCCGCUCGGUCUCCUCCGUCCCAAUGUCGUACAGGAGCUGAGGACCUUCGAGGCCGAGAGCAAGAUGGGCGCGUUCAGCUUUGUCAUGGACGCCGAUGAGGUCAGGUGUGUCACGUUCACGGAGCCCGUCGUCGCACAGGGGACAGAGAGCAUGAACCAGGCCGUCGCGACUGCGGCUUGGACGUGGCGGCAGGCUGGCAAAUUCAAGAACGAGCUGGAUGGUGAGUACAAACCGGAAGGCCAAGAAGCAGGAGACGGGGCUGGCGUCAACGUCCGGCCGUUUCUCAAGUUCAAUUACUAUUCCUGGACCACGGAGGUGGACGGUGUACAGCUGACGACAGGUUGGCGUGACGAGCUGUACGCGAUUUACUGCGACCCGUCUUCCUCCGGUUUCAAGCCCGCCGACAAACCCUGGGGCAACGCCGCUUUCGCAUGCGAGCGCGCCGCGUGUGCCAUCUUCGGUUUCGCGACCUUCGGCGUGCACAUGACAGCGUACGAAUGGCACGGCAAGGAGAUGAAGAUCUGGGUCCCCCGCCGCUCGCCGACAAAGGCAACCUGGCCCUCCAUGCUCGACAACACGGUUGCGGGCGGGAUUCCCUUUGGCCUCACGCCGGCCGAGACGAUGGUGAAGGAGUGCGAUGAGGAGGCGUCUCUGCCCGAGGAGUUUGUGACGAAGCGGUUGAAGUACUUGUACGACCUCGAGCUGCCUUCCCCGGACUCGCCGGAGUAUGUGCUUCCAAAGCCGCACGACGACGAGGUCGAGUCUUUUGAGCUCAUGUCCGUCGAGCAGGCCAAGCAAUGCCUCGCAAACGGCGAAUUCAAGCCCAACUGCGGCUUGAUCCUCGUCGACUUCCUCGUCCGCCACGGCCUCGUCACGCCUGAGAACGAGCGCAACUACAUCCAGCUCGGGUGGCACAUGCGCCGUCGCAUCGGUGUUGGGGUUCCGUCCUAA